CGGUCAGUAAUGAAGCAACCGAAGACUGUGGCCAAGAAUUCGGAAUCUAUAUCAACAUUCAACACAGAGAACUGAGAAGAAGAAGAACCUGUUACCAAAGAAGAAGAAGAAGCGAGAGAUUUCAGAUAUGGAGGCAGUGUAUCUGUUGUGCUCCAUUAUCUAUACUUCCGUGACAUCAUCUUUUCUUUCUCUCUUUCUCCUUUUCCGCUCUCUCUUACGAGCAUUUACCACCGUCUCUUCUUCUUCUUCUUCUUCUUCUUCUUCUUCUGCUCCUCCACCUCUCGAUGAGGAAAAAGAAGAAGCAGUAGCUAUGUAUGAAGGUUCGGUUUGGCAUGAACGCAGGCAUCCCGUCCAUCAUUCCUUUCGAUAUCCAGUCCGAUACGUUCUCAUCGACCUUGAUCGUGCAAAACCUGAGACGCUCCUCAACCACUUCUCCGCUGACCAAGCUCGCAAAAUCACUGCAACCACCGGACCCGUGUUCCUCUUGACAAUUCCUACUAGUGUGGGAUAUGAGCAAAACCCAUUGAGUGUAUAUUACUGCUAUGAUCUUGAAGGUUCUAUUCAAUGCUUGAAGAAGUGCAUUGCUGAGGUAACAAACACACCAUGGGGUGAAAGAGUGUCCUUCAUUUUCAACCCUGACUCAGAUCUAGUGGCAAAGCCAUUGCAUGUCAGUCCUUUUAUGGAUAUGCUCGGGAACUGGAAAAUGAAAGCUAAUGCACCUGGUGAUCAUCUUUUUCUAGCAAUUUCAGUUCAGCACCCAGACUAUGGUGACUACUUCACAGCUUCCUUGACUGCAAAAAGAGUGUCAUCCACAUCUGAUGGGGCAAUAUUCUUCUGGUUGAUGCCUCAAAAGGUUGCAGUGUGGAUAUAUUGGCAGGCCCUUAAGCUGUGGUGGAAAAAUGUUCUCUUUGUACAGCAUCCAAGGUACUACAACCCAAAAUACAGGGAAGAAGCUUCAAUGCGCAACAGGAAACUGCAAUGCUGUCAGGCUCUUGGAAAAGGAGAGAAUAGCUGUGCUCAAUUUGAGGGCCGUUAUUCGGCUUGUUUGGAUAGCAUAAAUAGCAGAGAUCGUUGGUGCGUGUGGAGAGAUGCUCAGUGGCCAUGGUCUUGAACAUUUGUAAGUCCAUGUGUAAAUUAUUUCAUUCUGUCCUAUUUUUAGAACCUUCGUAUUUCCUUCUUUCUGUUUCAAUAAGAAUUUCUUGUGUAACCGAAAAAACGAGGGUAGAGUAGUAGUCCGAAGGAAAAGAAACUGCAAAGGGUGUCAUAGUUAACUUUCAAUUUCAACCUUCGGUACAGCACAAAGGAACCACAACCCCCCCCCCCCCCCCCUACUUUCCUUCUCUGGAACGAAAUCUUGCUAUACAGUAUUAGAGUUAUCCAUGUAAGAAAAUUUCCACGAAGGGAAGAUGAAAUUCUAUUGUUGGGUAGAAUAAGUCCAUUAUUGUAAUUUUCAUUGACUGAAAUUCUAAUAAUUCUAUUCACUUUUGUAUAAAUGAAUCCUGGAUUUAGGUUUUAUGGAA